AUGGGUCGAUGGCGUAGUUGGUUAUCGCAUCUGUCUAACAUCAUUUCAGCCCAGACACAUGUCCUGUACACAGAAGGUCCUCAGUUUGGGUCGACAAACGAAGAUAUCUCAAAAGCCCGCCAAGCCUUUUUCAAAGUCUCAAAAUCAUUUCUCCUCGUCAGCGAGCGUUUCCAGUUUUACAAACGCUACAAAAUCCGAGGAAUCCGCAAUGUCAUAUUCUAUGGACCCCCCGACCACCCGCAGUACUUCACAGAGUAUCUAUCGUAUCCCUUUUUUGAUGAGGGGGUGGAGGCGUCGGAUGUGACUUGCCGGGUGUUGUACUGCAAGUACGAUUGGUUCAGGUUGGAGAGGAUAGCGGGUACAGAGGGUGCGGACUGCGGAGGAACUUCUAAAAGCUAG